AAAAAGUUGGACCUUCGAGGUAAGCUGUACGUGGCGCCGCUGACCACCGUGGGUAACCUGCCCUUUCGGCGCGUGUGCGUCGCGUUGGGCGCGGACGUCACGAUAUCGGAGAUGGCGAUGGCGUCGAAUAUUUUGAAGGGUGAGCGAUCGGAGCUGGCGCUGUUGAGGCGACACCCGAGCGAGCGCCUCUUCGGAGUGCAGGUCUGCGGAGGCCACCCCGACCUCAUGGCCCGCUGCGGCGAGUUUCUCGACAACGACGUGGACUGCGACUUUGUGGACGUCAACAUGGGAUGCCCCAUCGACGGCGUGUGCGCCAAGGGUGCGGGUUCGACGCUGCUGAGAGACGAAGUCGGCCUCGCCAGGAUGAAAAAGUUGGUGCAGGCCAUGUCCGGGUCCAUGCAGCGAACGCCGCUGACGAUCAAGGUACGCAUGGGAUACGACGACGAUCCGAGCAAGUACGUCGCGCACGACGUACUCAAAGACGCGAGGGCGUGGGGCGCCGCGGCGGCGACGCUGCACGGCCGAACGCGCGCGCAGAGGUACAGCAGACUCGCGGAUUGGAGAUACAUCCGCCGUUGCGCCGCCGUCGCCGCCCCGUCGGGCCUGCCGCUCGUCGGCAACGGCGACGUGUUCUCGUUCAAGGACUACGAGCGGCACAUGCGCGGCGGCACGCUCGCGACGUGCAUGAUCGGUAGGGGCGCUUUGAUCAAGCCGUGGGUCCUGACCGAAAUCAAGGAGCGACGGGUUUGGGACAUCAGCGCGUCUGAGCGCCUGGCCAUCUUUGGCGACUUCGCCAGGCACGGGUUGGAGCACUGGGGCUCGGACGAGCGGGGCGUGGAGACGACGCGUCGGUUCAUGAUGGAGUGGAUGAGCUACACGCACAGGUACGUCCCCGUCGGUCUGUUGGAGUCGGGGGUGGCGCAGAAGAUGCACCUGAGGCCCGCGCCGUACUCGGGCAGGAACGAACUGGAGACUCUGCUCGCGUCGGAUGCGGUUGAGGACUGGAGCCGAGUGGCGGAGAUGUUCCUGGGCAAACCAGCGCCGGGGUUCUCGUUCGUGCCGAAGCACAAGAGCAACUCGUAC